AUGGAAUAUCAUGCAUUUGAAAGCAGCAAUGUGUUUUGCACUGGACUCGCCUUUGUCCCUAAAGAAGAAGGGGGUAUCGAAAUGGAAGAAGAAAAAGAUGAUGGUUGGAUCAUUGCUUUUGUUCACAAUGAUGACAUUAAUUUAUCACAAGACACCUUGAGGGAAUAUAGGAAGGAAAUAAUGCUCGAAAUCAUUGUGGAUCCUAAUAAUUUUGCCCUUGCGCAAGCACUGAAGUUCCUUGACAAAAGUCCUCAACCUACUGUGCACCAUAAUCAUCCCAGGAACAAACUUAGUGCUAAAAUAGUCAACUUUUCUCUUUGGUCCUUUGAGUAUAUAUACUCUUACUUUCGCAUCUCAAAACCCUAUAACACUGAAUAUACACCUGGACCUGGUGAUGGUCUUGCCUUCUUCCUUGCUAGUGCUGACACUGAAAUUCCUCCUGAAUCUUCUGGAAAGUUUCUCGGCCUCUUUAAUGAUGCAUCUGACAGAAUUGUUGCUGUUGAAUUCGAUACUUUUUCCAACUCCGAUAUUGGGGAUCCCAAUUAUCCACACAUCGGAAUUGAUGUUAACUCUAUCAGGUCAUCAAAAGUUUGUUACUGGAAUUUUCAUGAUGCAGCGAUAACUACUGCAAAGAUAACAUAUAACUCUGCUCAUAAGAAGUUAAUUGUCCAUGUCUCUACAUAUCUCCACAGCCAACCCGACACUCUUACUUAUGAUGUCGAUUUGAGUACUAAGCUGCCUGAAAAGGUUAAGAUUGGAAUAUCUGCUUCCACUGGACAAUUCUCGCAGACUACUGAGAUUCUAUCUUGGAUCUUCAAGUCCAACUGAAAAGGAACAUCGAUAGAUGUUGACUUGUUACCAAGUUUGUGUUGUGUCUUUUAUUUUAAUUCAAUAAGGACAAGCUUACUCGUCUUUAGUUUGUCUCUGUAAAUGUUAUGCCACUACGGAUACAGGGCAAGGGCUGUCCAUUGUUGUUGUUUGUGUUUGGAUUUGGUUUCUUGUCUUAUGUGAUAUAUGCAUGGAUGCUUACUUUAUUUUCUUCA